GCUGUCUGCCAAAGCUUAGGCAGCAUGUGAGGUACUUUUCAGGUUUCUGGAUCCAGUUGUGAGUGUCAGGAGGUGGCCUCAUGGAGUCCUGUCUGAGAUGCCAGCUGCAGCACUGAAGCCCACGCUGGAGAACAUGGUUUCGGAUGGAGGGGGAGCGGGAGAGCGUGAAGCAGCCCCAUGGGAGAGCCCGGGGCUGGGGCGUAACAGGCAGCCUCUGCCCUCCCUCAGAGUGCCCAGGGAGCUGCUGCGGAGCUUCCCCCACUCCAAACGGGUGGGAUCCUACCUGGUCGGGAAGAUGAUCAACAAGGGCUCAUUUGCCAAAGUGAUGGAGGGGCUGCACAUCGGUACGGGGGAGAAGGUAGCCAUUAAAGUGAUAGACAAGAAAAAAGCUCACCAAGACUCCUACGUGCUAAAAAACAUGAAAAGGGAACCUCGAAUUCAUCAGAUGGUCCGACAUCCUCACAUUGUUGUUCUUCUGGAGACUCUGGAGACAGAGAAUAGUUACUACAUGGUGAUGGAGCUGUGUGCAGGAGGAGACCUGAUGGACAGGAUCUGUGAGAGGAAGAGGCUGGAGGAGAGGGAGGUGCGGCGGUACACCCGACAGAUCCUGUCUGCCGUGGAGCACCUGCACAAGCACGGCAUCGUACACAGAGAUUUAAAGAUUGAGAACUUCCUCCUGGACGAACAUAACAACAUAAAGAUUGUCGACUUUGGCCUGAGUAACACCCUAAAGACCGACUCUUUGUCCCCGGAGCUCCUCAGCACUCAGUGUGGAAGUCCUGCCUAUGCUGCCCCGGAGCUGCUGGCUCACAAGAAGUACGGGCCCAAAGUGGACAUCUGGUCCAUAGGUGUGAGCAUGUUUGCCAUGUUGACUGGGACUCUGCCCUUCACCGUGGAACCGUUCAACAUCAAGCAGCUGCACCAGAAGAUGGUCAACAAAGAAAUCAGCAGCAUCCCAGCCGACAUCAGCAAAGGUGCCAUGUCAUUUGUGACGUCUCUCCUUGAACCAGAUCCAGAUAAGAGACCCAGUGUCAGAGAAGCAAUGGAGAAGAAAUGGCUCAACGAAGGAUUUGCCAAGAAACCGUUACACACCCCAUCUCCUAAGAACAGGUUAUGUCCAGAAGAUCUGAACUCCUCUGUGUUGGCUGACAUGACAGAGACUCUGGGUUAUUCCCUCUCUGAAAUCCUCCACACGCUCACGAACAACAGGCCCUCCAACAUCAUGUCGUACUACCACCUGCUGCUCAGCAAGUUCACCAGGAGCCACAAGGCCGUCCAAGCCGGAAAGAAGCUGGAGAGCAACGAGUGCAGUCUUCCCAACAAGAACACACAGAGGGACAAGAACAACACAGAAUCAAAGACUCUGCAGAGUGAACGGACCAAUGACAAGAGCUCCAAGCAGCUCCAGUAUCUGAGGGUCCAGCAGACGAGCAGAAGUCAGAGCGACAGGAGGAGGACCGAGGACCUACACAGAAAGGGCCGCAGGGAGUCUGAUGAGAACCGCCCCCCUUCUCCGUCUCUGCCCCAACUCCUAAUCUCUGCCUCCCCCACCUUACCUUCACGCCUUCCAUCGUCCUCACCCGCCCCUCUGCCUGCAGAGGAAGGGACUCCUGAUGAGGAGCUUGCCAUCACCUUGGACACCAGAGAGACGCUGUUUCCUGAAGUGUCAGUGUUUGGAGAGAGGGAGCUUGUCCGACUGUCUCCACCUAAAAGUUCAACUUCGAAACUUUGUGACUCGGCUCCAUGCCAAGUCCCUUCACCCUCUGAGCCAAUCAGAGACGGCGGCACGUCCAGGCCACUCCCACAUGCGCGCCUGCUCAGAACAACUCAGUCAGACGGCGCGGCGAACUGCUUCCAUGGCAGCCACCACCACGAUGAUACCUGUCGCACCAACGAGCGACUGGAGAAGCUGCAGACGUCGGACAGGGCCCGCCUGGUGGAGCUGACCCAGCCGUCGCCCACUACUCCUCUUCCUCGGCUGCGCAACGUGGGCCUAAAGGAUGGGCGAGGGAGAAAGGUGACGUGGGUGGAGCUGAAUCGAACCGGACCCCCCGGGCUCCCAGUGAACGGCUCCAACCCGCCGGCGUUCCCGUCUCAGAGACAACACGCCUUAGUUAUAAAGAGCCUGAGGCAGGAGAGGGGGCGGAGAGGAGAGCUCGCUGCUGCAGGAGGACAGGAGGUGAACACGAAGAACUCCGUUCAGUUACGUCCCUCUCUCCAACGUCUGGACGCAGAGCUGAACCUGCCGCGGCUUCCUGGAGCCCUGCAGAGGAAAUCUGACCGGAAGAAUCAGCUCCACAGCAUGGAUUAUUAACUCACAGCUCAGGAGAAGGCCCAAACAAAGCACUCAGAUUAGAAUCAUGGGGAUAAAAACGGAGCAAAUACUUAAAAUAUUAAAGCAUUUAGAGGCACAACUGUAUGGCAGCUAUAGGAAUUACAGCAUCAAAGCUAUUUUUUUAUUGUUCUAUUUGACAUGAUCAAAAACUCCUUUAAAAAACUCGGUGCCAAAGAUUCUUUGUCAUUAGUCAAACUUCUCUUCAUAAAACAGGAACAGGUCCAAUGUUUCAAAUUUCAACAGACCUUCCCUCCAGCUAAACAUUUUGGUUUUAUUCCAUCAUCCACCAUGCUGUGGUGGGGUGACUCCAGCCKUCUCAGUCCUUGUGUCCUUGGGUAAGACACUUCACCCCCCGCUUGCCUACUGAUGGUGGUCAGAGGGUCUGGUGGUGCCGGUGCUUGGCA